UCAGUGUCGGGCCUGCUAGCGCUGUUCCGCGGCGGCUUCUCGCGGGCUCCCGCCGCUUGUGGUCUCGGCUGCACUCUGAGCUGCUGCGCGGAGGCGCGGGGCCGCAGCUGCGCGAGGAGCGCGUCGGUGCGUCACCUUCCUGCUGGUCUGGGCCGGUCUCCCUGCCGGCAGGUGCGGUCUUGCAAAGCUUCGGGUUUGAAAGCUUUGCUGUGAGUUGGUGGCUUUCAAGGACGUGUACUUUGGGAGACCGGGACGGAUGGUGCUAGACAGUGGUGAAUAUACAGAUACCUUCAAGGAAUUCACAGCUUGGUAGAUUAUGAACACAGAAGCGAAAUACCACUAAUAAUGAGAUGACGCCAAAGCAGUGAUGUCAGAGACCUCUAGGGAUGCAGAUGAGAGACUGCCUGCUGGGCAAGGGGUUAUAAGAGAGAAGAGGAGGAACGGACAGCAGCAGACAGUGCCAGGUGUUGGAAAUUAACAGCUCUUCUAGCUUUUACAUUAUUUAAAUACAGUAGUGUCAUUGGACUAAAAUGUUCCUGAUGUCAGCCUCUUCAGAGUUAAACAGUGGGCAGAACUUCUUAACCCAGUGGAUGACCAGUCCUUCUCGGGCUGGGGUCAUAUUAAAUCGUGGAUUUCCUAUUUUGGAAGCAGAGGAAGAGAAGCGAGUAAAUGUGAACAUUUCUACCAGCUUUCCUAUUAACCCCACAGAUUUUUCAAAUAGCUUCAGCUUUAUACGUGAAGAAGAUUCACUUCAUGAAGAACAGAAGUUGGAGCCCAACAGCCCUUACAAGUUACAAUCAGAUAAAUCUGAAACACAGAGAGUCUUUCCUUCGACUAAAGAGGGAACACAAAUAGUGGCAUGUCAGCAUGCUCCUGGACACUGGGAAGAUAACAAAAAUGACUUUAUUUCAGAUCCUGUGAGUGAAUUCAAAGAAGUGGCUUAUAAAGACCCACUUUUUAAAAAGCUUGAACAGCUGAAAGAAGUACAACAGAAGAAGCAGGAACAACUGAAGAGGCAACAGUUAGAGCAACUGCAAAGACUCAUGGCGGAACAGGAGAAGCUGCUCACCAUGGUGUCUGGGCAGCAUACACUCCCAGGUUUAACUCUAGUGCCUGAUGACCAGAGCCAGAAGUACAGAUCUCCAGGAAAUUCAGCCACUGUAGAGAAACCCACGCCCUUCUUACCAUCAUAUAUCUACCAGAAUCAAACCCAAGAAAAAAAACACACUUCCAACAUUUUAUCCGAUGAACAAAACAACUUCCGUAGAACUACUCAUCCAGAUUUUGUUUUAACUUCAAAAAGUGGUGCUUCUCCCAAUUUGUUUUAUGAGGCGCAACAUCAAGAAGCACUUGUGAAAAAAAAUGAUUUGAAGGAAGAAAACCAUAACCAUCCUAAAGGAGAAGGUAUUUUACCAUGUUCGGAGAAAAUGACGGAACAGAUUCAGGAAGGGAACAAUACGAACUUAAAAAAAAUUGGUGAUUCCUCAGAAGUGGUUAAUGUUGAAGAAAGGCCUAUUAAAGCUGCUAUUAGAGAAAGGAAACAAACCUUUGAAGACUACUUAGAAGAACAAAUUCGGUUGGAAGAACAAGAACUGAAACAAAAACAGCUAAGGGAAGCAGAAGGAUCCUUGCUAAUCAAAGCAAAACCAAAACAACCAUUCUUAAAACGAGGAGAAGGUUUAGCUAGAUUUACUAAUGCUAAAUCUAAGUUUCAGAAGGGGAGAGAAAAUAAACUAGUCACUACUCAGAGCAUUUCAGAGGACAAACCUGUGUUUAAAUUAGAUAAACAACAAUUCCAGCGGAAAACUGCUCAUAUAAAUAAAGAACUGUGUACAGAGAACCUUCCUGUCAAAAAGAACAGUAAAGCCAGAACAAAGAGUGGUUGUGUCACACUCAGUCAGAAGCCGAAAGUGCUUAAGGGUAACAAUAGGAAAAGUCUCUCUCCAGCAGGGUUGAAGAUACUGGCAGGGAAGAAAUGUGAUGGGCAAUUUAGAGGUCAGAUCAAUUUAGAAAAAACGGUAGAAUCUAAUAAUAAAGAAAAUGUACCCGAGUGUACAAAGCCUUGUGACGUUGGUUGCAAAAUCUGGAAUAAUACACAAGGUAAAGACAGACUUUCCCUUUUGACAGGGCUGGCCAGCUGCGUGGCUUCUAAGAGCCCAAUAAGUGAGACUUCGAAAGAGUCAGAAUCUUCUCUUGACAUUUCUCUUCAGAAAAAGUUAGAGAAUUGGGAACGAGAAAAGGAAAAGGAAAAUUUGGAAUUAGAUGAAUUUUUGUUUUUAGAACAAGCUGCUGAUGAAAUAUCAUUUUCUAGUAAUUCCUCAUUUGUGCUGAAGAUCUUAGAGAGGGACCAACAGAUCUGCAGAGGUCACCGGCUGUCUUCUACUCCUGUCAAAGCUGUGCAGCAAGAGAAGACAGCAACACCGGAUCCCAUCAGUGAGCGUAACCAAAAUGAGGAUCCAGACCGUACCAAGUGUGAAAGUAAGGGUGAGUGUGAGGUUGCACCCAAACAACCUGAUUCAGUAUCCUCACCUGAUGGAUCGCAGGAACAGUCCUGUAAAGUCAAUAGGAAAGUGUUCCAAAUGAGCACUUGUGAAAGUCCAACUAGGUGGAAUGCAAGUGAUGACGAGGGUGGUACAGACAGUGAUGAUAGCACUGAUUCUGAGGAACACCUUGAUGUCACCAUAAAACCAUCAACUGAGGAUAAAGAAAGGGGUUUCAGCAGCAGAGAAGAUAGUCCCCAAGUCUGUGAUGGGAGGGGACCUUUAAGGGACACCAGGACUCAAGAAGAAGAUAAGAGGAGAGAUGUUGAUUUAGAUUUGUCUGAUAAAGAUUACAGUAGUGAUGAGUCUAUCAUAAUAGCAGGCUUGAAAAAUAAAGCUUCUGAUUCCUCAAGAAGAUACCCAUCUAUGAGUAAAAUUGACUUUGAUGAUGAAAGAACUUGGACUGACCUUGAAGAUGAUUCAUUUAAACAUGAUGUUAUUCUUGGGAAUGAAGCCAUUUAUGGGACUCCCCAGACAACCUACCCUAAUAAGAGUGAAAAAUGUGUACUGGACAAAACAAUAAAAAGGAAGGUUGCAGCAGUCAAGAAGGGAGAAGACUUGAAUAAAUCCAGUAGGAGCACAAGUCCUCCUCCUACCUCGGAUCUGAUGAUGAAAUUCUUCCCUUCUUUGAAACCAAAAUCAAAAUCAGAUUCACGCUUGGGAAAUGAACCCAAGUUAAACAUGAAUCAAGACCAGCCGCCUGGUGACAAUGUUCGAUCUCAAGUUUUGAGAGAGAAAGUUAUUGAAUUGGAAACAGAAAUAGAAAAAUUUAAAGCUGAGAACACAUCUUUAGCUAAACUUCGCAUUGAACGAGAAAGUGCCUUGGAAAAACUCAGGAAAGAAAUUGCUGACUUUGAACAACAGAAAGCAAAAGAAUUGGCUCGAAUAGAGGAGUUUAAAAAGGAGGAAAUGAGGAAAUUACAAAAGGAACGCAAAGUUUUUGAAAAGUAUUCUACAGUUGCAAGAACUUUUCCGGAUAAAAAAGAACGUGAAGAAAUACAAGCUUUGAAGCAGCAGGUAGCAGAUUUACAGGAAGAUUUGAAAAGAAAGGAAGGAAAAUGGUCCAGUACACAUGGCCGUCUUAGAAGCCAGAUAGAAAUGUUGGUCAAAGAGAACACAGACCUCCGGGAGGAAAUGAAAGUGAUGGAAAGAUUCCGACUAGAUGCCUGGAAGAAAGCCGAAGCCACCGAGAGCAGCUCCAGGAUGGGUCAGUGCGCGACGGCCUCGAGAAGAGACGGGUCCAGGAAGUCAUCAGUUCGAUUUCAAAAGAGUCAAGUUUCUUCAGGAACCCAGGUAGAAAAGUACAAAAAAACCUAUUUGCCAACACAAGGCAAUCCAUCUCGAAGAUCCAAGUCUGUGUCUCGUGAUUUAGGCAAUUCGGAUAAAGGACAAACAGCCUUACCCAGGGAGCCACCUGAACCAGUGAACUCUCCAGAUCCUGAAUGUAAAGACGAUGAUGAAAAAGAAGAAAAAGAAGAAAUUCAGGGAGAAAUCAGCCAUCCUGAUGGAAAGAUAGAAAAAGUUUAUAAGAAUGGGUGCCGUGUUAUAUUGUUUCCAAAUGGAACCCGAAAAGAAGCGAGUGCAGAUGGAAAGACGGUCACUGUCACUUUCUUCAACGGUGAUGUCAAGCAGGUCAUGCCGGAUGGGAGAGUGAUCUACUACUACGCAGCCACACACACCACCCACACCACGUACCCAGAAGGACUGGAAGUCUUACAUUUCUCAAGCGGACAGAUAGAAAAACAUUUCCCAGAUGGAAGAAAAGAAAUCACGUUUCCUGAUCAGACUGUCAAAAACUUGUUUGCUGAUGGACAAGAAGAAAGCAUUUUCCCAGAUGGUACAAUCGUCAGAGGGCAACGAGAUGGCAACAAAAUCAUAGAGUUUAAUAAUGGCCAACGAGAACUACACACGGCCCAGUUCAAGAGACGGGAGUAUCCAGAUGGCACUGUUAAAACUGUGUAUGCAAACGGUCUUCAAGAAACCAAAUAUUCAUCUGGUCGCGUAAGAGUUAAAGACAAGGAUGGUAAUGUUCUAAUGGACACAAAGUUGUCAUGAUCCUUGUGUGUGGCUAAUCAUGAAAUAACAUUAACUUGAUUUUCUUCUUUAAAAAAUGUACAUUUUCUUGUGGAUUCUGUGGUUUAAUUUAUAUAUACUGUGUGUAUAUAUAAGUGGAAAAGAUUGUUUGGAAUUUUUUCAUAAUGUUUGAAAUGCACAGGGACAGCUUUCAUUUUUAGUUCACCUACCUUGUCUUUCUACGGUUCUAACCAGUACAGACUUUUAACAAGUGGAUGCUUUCAUUGGUUGGAGAUGGUUAUGAGAGCCAAGAAGUACAAGAAGCACAGUAUCACAGAUUUUCCCACCACCUGCCAGGCCUAUGAAGGGCUUGCUUAGAAAGUUUACUGAAGGAGUAAGAGGAUUUCUCCAGUCAAAAUAUUACUGUGCUCAAUUAGUACUAAAAGUAAAGCAUUAUCUACCACAGAGGUCACAGAAUUGGAAGUUAAAACAGUGACUGAGUACAAAUAAACCGUAAAACAAACAGGCAGAAGAGUUCAUUCUAUGAGUGCAGAUAAAUCUCAUGGGAGGAAAAAGCAGUUGUCACGAGGGUGACAGCUGAGAAAGGCGGGGCGUGAAAA